AUGUUGUCACUCGAUCGAGGCGGGCCAAUUCGUGGCCUCGUCUCAUCUCUCAUCUCCAACCUCUUCGCUCUUCCCACUUCCCUCCUCCCUCCCUCCUUCCACACCCAUCUUGUUCAGCCUCUACACGCUGCCAACAACCACAAGCCGACCCUCUCCUCCCCCGACGGCCCCGAACGCGCGCGCCUCAAGCCGUCGCUCCCGGGCAAGACGUCGUCGUACGACCUUUUGUACAAGGACGGCAGCGACGACUACGCCUUUUCCGGCCCGCGCAGCACAGACGACGACCAGUACGUGCUGUGCUUUGACCCCGUCCGCCAGGCGUUUGUCCUCGACAAGGUCGACUCGACAUUCAACAUGAACAUCAGGCGCAUGCCGGGCGGUGCCGACUCGGAGGAGCUGAGCCGCCGCUUCCCGCAUCUCGACGUGCACGAUCCCGUCCAUGACUCCAUCAACGUCCGCGCGCCUGCUUCGCAACAGAGCAGCGCCGGGUCACCGUCGUCGGCGCUGCCACCCACCAGCAACGGCACGCAGGGGAAGCGGAAGGUUGACAAGAAGCCACCCAAGAACCUCGCCAUGCCCGUGGCGGCUGCCCCGGCCCCGGCGGCGCCCGACAAGCCCAAGAAACGCGCCGACGACGACGAUGACGACGAAGAUGAGGAUGAGGAUGACGACGGCGGCCUGAUGAUUGAGUACCCCGAGGGUCCGCCCGCCACAAAGGCCGUUGCCAAGCACAAUGACUUCUCGCCCGCCUUUCCCACACAGCGCCGCUUCGACGACUACAUGAACCAGCGCGAGUCGGAAGCCGACGAUGCGGAUGCUGAGAGCGACGACGACAUGGACAUGGAUUUCAAGCUGCCCAGUCCCGUCAAUGCGCAGCAGCACAACGGCCACACCCCGGCGACCCCGGCGGACGAGGAGGAACAGGCGGCGGGCAGCGAAGACGACGGCGGCAUGCUGGAUCUCGAGGCCGACUUGGAAAAUGACCUCGAGAAUGCGUUUGAGGAUCUCGCCAAUAGUCAGGAAGAGGGUGGCCGCGACGACGAGAGCGAGAUUAGCGAGGAGGACUGA